AAUAUUUUUACUCUUCUUUUUUACCCCUAAUGAUAUGGCAUAAAGGGUUUUAUUCUUUUCCUUAUAUUUAAUGAUAUGACAAAGUGAAGGGAAUUUUAGAGUUUCUUUGCAUUGAAAUGAGAACCAUUUGUUAUGAAAAGAGCACAAUUAAUGCUUCUAGAAGGACAAUAAUAAAUGGGACCAUAGGGAGUAUAGGUGAGACGGAGGAGGAAUUCUCGACUAGGUUGGCAAAUAACUUGGAAGAUCUCAUCCUCAAAGAGGGGCCCGAAACAAUAGCUGCUUUCAUUGCGGAGCCUGUCAUGGGGGCAGGCGGUGUAAUACCACCACCAGCAACUUAUUUUGAUAAG